AUGGAGUCAGGCAGCAUCUUCCUGCUCCUGGGGCUCCUCGCCGUCUGGGCCGAGCUGCAGGCUGUAGCUGGUCAGGGAGAUAAACGUGACAUUUGCCGACUCCCACCUGAGAAGGGCCCUUGCAAGGGAAAGAUGCCGCGCUUCUUCUACAACCCGGCCUCCAAGACGUGCGAAAGCUUCAUCUACGGCGGCUGCCAGGGCAACAAGAACAACUUUAAGACGAAGGCAGAGUGUGUGCGUGCCUGCAGGCCUCCUGAGAGACCCGGGGUUUGCCCCAAGACCACAGGCCCUGACAUUUGCCUGCAUGGCUGCGACAGCGACUCUGACUGUAAAGAAGGACAGAAGUGCUGCUUUAAUGGCUGUGGCUACACCUGCGUGAGGGUGGCUCCAUCAGGUGAGUCCCCUCUUCCAGCCACAGUGACACCCUCAGCAGCUGCC